AACAAACUGGGGAGGAGAAAAGAGCGCAAGCACCAGGGACUUCGCAGGCUGGGCUCUCGGGGACUCUUUUGUACCUGUUUCUAUUAAUUUUAUACACUUUAUACCCGCCUGUUUUCUUAAAGCACUUUUACUACUUUGAUAUUCAGACCUCGGAUGUUUGAUUUAUGCUUCAUUUCCUGUAACUAGCGUGGUAACAGUAACAGUGUAGGAAAUACCUCGAGUCGACGGGUUCAGCAAAUAGAAACAAAAACUCCAAAACAACUGGGAUAUUCAAUGCUACGUAUUAGAACGCGACAGCUGUCAUUGUGAUCACAUAUCAGAGAGAGAGACACGUCAAAUACAGCAGUAGAUUUAUUCAAAGGAUGACUUCUGUGCUGAAUAUCCAGACGUUACUGGAAGCAGCCGACUAUAUAGAAAGGAGAGAAAGAGAGUGUGAACACGGAUAUGCCUCGACCUUUCCGUCUAUUCAGCACUCCAGCUACCAGAGACAAAGGAAAUUCCGAAAUAAAAAGUGCAACAACAACCACUACAGGUCCACGCACAAUGAGCUAGAGAAAAAUCGGCGAGCCCACCUUCGCUUGUGUCUGGAGCGAUUGAAGACGCUCAUCCCGCUGGGACCAGAAUGCAGCCGUCACACCACACUGGGGCUGCUCAACAAGGCCAAAGCACACAUAAAGAAACUGGAGGAAGCGGACCGCAAGUCUCGGUAUCAGCUGGAGAGUUUGGAGCGAGAGCAACGGCACCUGAGAAGGCGACUGGACCUGCUGCGGGACGGCGGGGGCUCGCUGGAGGCUGAGAGGAUACGCACUGAUAGCGUGGGUUCGACCCCAUGCUCUGAGAGAUCCGACCGCUCUGACUCAGACCAGGAAGAGAUGGAGGUGGACGUGGAGAGCACAGAGUUUUCUCAUGGAGAGCUGGACAGCGUGAGCACAGCCAGCACCAGCGAUCUGGAUGACCACAGCAGUUUACAGAGCACUGCCAGCGACGAGGGCUACUCCUCCUGCAGCAUCAAACUGGCCUUCAGCUCAUAAGACGAGCUCUUCUUCACACAC